AUGAAAAAUAAAUGGAGAAACCUAAGGGACACUUAUAAAAAAUAUAAACAGGAUCAGCAAACAAGCAGUGGACAAGCCGCGAAGAAGCUUGCUAAUUGGCAAUGGGCUGAACAGAUGUCGUUCAUAGAUUCAUCCACAAACUUGAGACAAACUGAAAGUACACUGGAUACCAGUACUAUAUCUAUAGAGAAUGAUUAUGAAAAUUCUACAGAAGCCGAACAGGUUUCAAAUAAUGAACAGAACGAGCUCGUCGUUCAAGAACUGGAGACAGCACGGUCUACAGCUGAAACUACAGCUGAAAUUGCAACUGAAGUAUCCCGGAAAAGACGACGCCGUGUAAGCAACGACGAUCCUGCUGAGAAGAUUAUAAAUUAUUUAAAGACUCGAAAAUCGGGUACUACGGACAGAAACGCUCCAGAAAAUCUUGUCAAAAUACCGUGUGAUCGAAUGGACAUGGAUUUUUUAGGUUAUGCCCAUACUGUAAAGAAAUUUUCUCUACGAAAGCAAGCUAUUAUUAAACUUCAAAUUACACAAAUUAUAACUGAGGCUCAACUUGAAGAAUUGAAUAAUAGCCGGCCAAAUUCUAAUUUCAGCAAUGCUUCAUCCUCUAGUACUCCCAAUUUUUACUACGUCGAUAACGACUGA